CUUCGGGUCACGUGAUUAACACAGAGACAAUAUGGCGACAGUCGGUGAAACAGAAACGGAAGUCCUGUAAACAGUGUUGAUUUUCUUCUCAAAACAAACGAAUUCCUGCGGUUAUGAUCGAGGUAUUUAUUCGACAACGUUUGCCGUUGCUGGCAUGCUUGGUGGCAUUUGUGUUGGGGGGGAAGAUGAAAAUCGUGGAGGAACCAAAUACAUUUGGGUUGAAUAAUCACCUGCUGUCACAGGGCAGCCAGCUGCAGGGCCGAGUCUCUCCGUCUCCCAUCUCUGGUCCUCCUCAUCUCUUCCGACUGGCAGGAAAAUGCUUCAGCUACACAGAGUCCAUGUACAAAUAUGACUUCUGUCCGUUCCAUAAUGUGACGCAGCACGAACAGAGCUUCAGGUGGAACGCCUACAGCGGAAUACUGGGGAUCUGGCACGAGUGGGAGAUUGAGAAUAACACCUUCAUAGCCAUGUGGAUGAGAGAAGGAGACUCCUGUGGGAGCGUGAACAGACAGACCAAGGUCCUUUUCACGUGCGGGAACAGCAGUAGGCUAGCACGUGUUUCUGAGCCAGAGACGUGUGUGUACUUCCUGACAUUCGAGACGCCACUCGUGUGUCACACACACUCCCUCCUGGUGUAUCCAGUGCUGAGUGAGAAAUUACAGAAAGAAUGGGAUGAGAUUGAGCAGGCUCGAUACGAAGAGCUCAUCACUAAACAGGGCUACAACAAGAUGCUGAGGGAUAUUUUUGAAGAAGCCGGGUUUCUGCAACCGCCACAUCGACAGCAACAACACACGCCGAGCCCGAAACAUCAAAACCUGGAAGAGUGCACACGGGAAUUUGAAAAGCAGCGUGAUGAAAUCGAGCGACUGCGUUCUCUGCUCAGCCGACACAACGUCUCAUACCAAGUGGACACUGAACCUUCAACCUCUCCCCCACAGGACCAGCGCCUCAGGGGUGAUACAGGGAUCCUGGAUAAUCUUUAGUACCUGCUGACUGCAGGAUUUGUUGUUGUUGUUGUUAUUGUUGUUAUUGAGUUUACCCUAAAGAAUACGAUGAUGUCAUUUUUAAUUAAACAACGAACACUGUAAACAAACCCA